UCUCGCGCGCUCUCCAGUUAGCUCCAUGCGAUGAGACGGAUCCUCUGCUACUAACCGCGCAAGGGAAAAAAGAGGAUAUAGCGGAGACUGGGGACGUCAAGACUGCAUGAUAAGGAUGGGAAUUGUUCAAGUGCUAAAAACUCAGUUGCUGUGCCAUCUCAUUAUCUGUUACGUGUUCCUAGUCAGUGGAUUCAUUAUCAACCUGCUGCAGCUCUGUACUCUACCACUGUGGCCCUUUAACAAGCAGCUCGCACGCAAGAUCAACUGCAGAUUGGGUUAUUCCAUUUCUAGCCAACUGGUGGCAUUGUUGGAGUGGUGGUCUGGGACAGAAUGCACACUUUACACAGAUCCAGAAAGCUAUAAACUUUAUGGCAAAGAGAAUGCCAUUGUUGUCCUUAAUCAUAAUUUUGAGAUCGAUUUCAUGACAGGCUGGACCUUCUGUGAGAGAUUUGGCGUUUUAGGAAGCUCAAAGGUGUUGGCAAAAAAGGAACUUUCCUUUGUUCCUGUGAUCGGCUGGAUGUGGUACUUCCUAGAGAUCGUCUUCUGCAAGAGGAAAUGGGAAGAGGAUCGCAAGACAGUAGUGCAAAGUCUGCACAACCUUCGGGAUUACCCAGAAAACUUUUGGUUCCUGUUGCACUGUGAGGGCACACGCUUCACAGAAAAGAAGCACAAGAUUAGUAUGGAGGUGGCAGAGAAGAAAGGUCUCCCCAAACUCAAGUACCACCUUCUACCUCGGACCAAGGGCUUUUGUGUCACGGUCCAGAACCUCAGGGGAACGGUUACUGCUGUGUACGAUUCUACACUUAAUUUCAGAAACAACGAAAUGCCAACUUUACUAGGGGUACUCAACGGGAAAAAGUACCAUGCUGAUUUAUAUGUGAGGCGAAUUCCUCUGGACACGAUCCCAGAGGACGAGUCUGAAUGUGCCGUCUGGCUUCACAAACUCUACCAGGAAAAAGAUGAAUUCCAAGAGCAUUAUAGACAGACAGGGCGUUUUCCGGGUCCCAUUACAAGCCCUCCGCGUCGACCUUGGUCCCUGCUGAACUGGCUCUUCUGGGUUUGUUUGCUGGUCUACCCUCUCUGCAUGUUACUUCUGCAGUUGCUGCUAUCAGGAUCCACCUUCACUGUCGUCUGUACAUCGCUCUUCUGUCUAGCAGCAGACCGUAUAGGUGCUAGAGCAUGUCAGUUGGUAUCCGCUGGAUGAUCGGACAGACUGAAAUUGACAAGGGUUCCAACUACGGAAAUAAAGAGAUGCAAAUGAACAACAACUGAAACAUCUACCGGGGCGACAAGAUCAAGCUACUGAACGGUCGUGAGGGCAUUUUCACAACAGAAACUGGCAUUAGCCAAGUGAAACCUCUUUCAUGAAUGAAACUCGAGGAAGUUGCCACAUAAAGAGUCGUUUGAAUAAUUUAAAAACACUUUUCUGUUUUGAUUUACAUGUCAAGGCUUUUUUUUUUUUUUUUUUUUUUUUU